UUUAUUGCCGUGUUGCUGCAGCAGACUAUAUUUUGUGCUGGGUUGUGCGGGCGAAGGAGCUGAGGCGAGUGAACUGUGUGGCUGUAUAGGCAAGCAAGCAAACAAGCAGUGUUUACCUGGCAGUAAAUUAAAAUGUCGGCAUUUUCAGAGGUUGCUUUAGAGAAAAAACUGUCAGAGCUCAGUAAUUCACAGCAAAGCGUUCAGACUUUGUCUUUAUGGUUAAUUCAUCACCGAAAACACUCAAAAACCAUCGUAACUGUGUGGAUCCAGGAACUCAAGAAAGCCAAGGUCUCGAGAAAGCUGACAUUUCUCUACCUAGCCAAUGAUGUCAUCCAGAACAGUAAACGAAAAGGCCCUGAAUUUACAAAGGAUUUUGCACCAGUUAUAGUUGAUGCCUUUAAGCAUGUUGCAAGUGCCAGUGAUGAGGGAUCCAAGAAGCACCUGGAAAGAGUAUUCUCGAUUUGGCAGGAAAGGGCGGUUUACGAGAAUGAUCUGCUUGACCAACUCAAAGAGGUUCUGCGUGGUAAGAAGCCGAAGAAGCGUCCCUAUGAAGAGAUCAAGGUUAAGGAAGAUGAUUAUCCCUGCCCGAGCUCUCCUGCCGACUCUCCCCAGACUGUUGAAAUCAUCAAAGCUUUGCAGGAGCUUGAGAAUGCAGCCUCGGGGGAUGCUGCUGUUCGCAAGAGGAUCUCCUCCCUGCCCCUGGAGGUUCAGGAUGCUUCCUUGCUGGAUAGAAUAACAGAUAAAGAGUCCGGGGAGCGGCUCUCCAGAAUGGUGGACGAUGCCUGUCUGCUUCUGGCAGACUAUAACGGGAGGCUGGCAGCGGAGAUAGAUGAUCGGAAGCAGCUGACCCGAACACUCACCGAUUUCCUACGCACUCAAAAAGAAAUUCUAACAGAAAAAGAACAGAAACUGGAAGAAUAUAAACAGAAACUGGCCAAGGUGUCUCAAGUACGAAAAGAGCUUCGAUCCCAAAUUGGCAACCUUCCAGACCUUUCUCUGCUUCCGAACGUGACGGGGGGGCCCCUGCGCUUGCCAUCCUCAGGGGACUUCUACACUACAGACUGACAUGCUGGGUCCUGGGUCUUCAUCCUCUCAAUACCCCACUCCUGUCCUCAGCUAGGAUAGGUCAAACAGAUAUUGUGAUAUUAUUUUUGUAUCUUAUGAGAGUGGAAUUAAUGAUAAAAAUAGAAAAUGUAUAUGAUGUGUUCCUACAAAAAUACAAUUAACUAUAUCAUUUCGCACUCAACUGCAGUGUGUUUUUCGUUGUUAUUUCUAUCAUCAUGGCACGCCCCUGUGUUUUUGUUGAAGUUUAAGCCAAUACAUUCAAUUUUUUUUUUUAUGUAUUGUCCAGGGUUAUCGGUUCUGGAGUCAGGUUGUAGAAAUGUAUUGAAUCUUUCUUUUAAAGGACUGGUGAAACAGAUAAAGAAAUUGUCUGGGAACCAAUAAUUCUUUAGUCGUCAUUCUUUAGAAAGAAGUUUACACAAUAAUAGAGAGUUUCUGGACCACUUCAGCAAUUCACAAACAUCACUAUGGUAUGCCUUUCUGUGACUUCUGUGCAGGAUGUCACAAUGAGGCAGCGUUCUCGGUGGGAUCGUCAGUUGCAGCAUCCUUAGCUCGAGAUGUAACAAUGCGUAACCUGGAAAACAACACAGCAGCUUCACACUCAGUGAAAUGCAACUUUAACCAUUAGGUAUCAUAAAUAUAUCUCAAAUAUAUAUUUGUGUUCAUUUUUCAGAUGUUGAAAAAAGAUAUUCCAAGUACUGUACAAAUAUACAGUGCCGUGAAAGUAUUUUCCCCCUGUCUGAUUUUCUGCAUUUUUGCACAUUCUUCACAUUGUAUUUGGUCAGAUUUUAUGGUGGGUUGUAGUAGUAUAUAGAGGGAGUCUGAGAAAAAAAAUGACAAAGUUUGGUGCUUCUUUCAUUUGUUUGGUGUGCAAGGUAAUCAAACAUGCAAUC